AUGUUUUCCCGCACGUACGUCCGCCACAAGAGAAAGAUGUCACAAACAGACGGACGAAUUGCAAGCGUAAUCGGUAAGACGUAUGAUUCCAUCUAUUGCCGCCUCGAAGUGAUCAAUCUCUAAGCAUGCAUGAUUGUUUAAACCAAUGGGGUCUCAAAGCAUAUACACGUAUAAAACUCCAUCUGUUCUCGUGUUUCGAGUUGUCCUGUUAAGGGAGGCUGAUGAGUUUUCGAUGGCGCUAAUCAAAUCGUACGGAUGACUCGGCAUGGUAAAGCCUUCUGCGGAGAGUCUAAGGUCACCUGAGUUGUAGUAAUGCGCUAGGAACUGUUCAAAAUUAAGUUACAAACAACGUGGAAAUCAGUGGUUUUCGUUAUCACGAAACAUUUUGGGUACAAAGCUGAUACGCACGUUAAGGUAAAGAGGAGUGUUUUUAAUUGAUCCUUGGAAAUAUUAAAAAAUGUUGUAAAAUCAGUCGAGUCUUUCAGUGGUUACUCUGUUAUGAUCUAAAAAAAGACAUUUCGUUUCUACGGGUCUCUCUUCAUCUAAGGAUCACCUAAUUUGGUUCCGAAGCGAUAAGAUAUAAAGCCGGUCCGACUGACAGAAAAGUGACCACAUUGAGUCAUUCUCAUCGUCCGGGGAAUCUGUAAGCGAGUGAGACAAGGUACAGAAGGCUGUUUCGUCUCUUGUAAGGUGCCGAUGGUGGCUUGUUAAUACUGCGUACUCUCAUCUCAUCAGAUCGCUCUUUUCAUCGACCAGACGUAGAUUUGCAAGGAAAACAAAAUUCUCACAUGCGGCUGAUCGCCAUGAUUUUGUUUCGAGUUUCGCAACUCUGAAGGCUGUCGUCCUUUUUCAAGCUUGUCCUUUUUAUGUCAUUUAUUUCUUUAUAUACAGUUCAGUUUUCUAGAAUGAAGAAUCAAUCCCCUUUCUAUCUCUUUGAUCAUUUGCAAACGUUAUUAUUUUUCUUCAUGGUAGAGCAGUAGAGAGAAUUUGGUAAUUGAUUAGUUUCCCUUGACGCUGACACCCUUUUGAAUGCCUAAGCGAUCACUGUUACUAAUCAAUGUUAUGUAUAAACAUGUAAGUUUUGAAUGCGAACCUAAAGCGAGGCCUUCAAUUUUUGUGUUCCAUUCAGAAGUACGAGAUUUGUUCCUUCAGCCAUAUCAUGUUUUGUAACGAGUAGCCGUUUGCAUCUUGAUUAGACGCUGCAAAGAUGUUAAUCUUGUUCUGCCUGGAAUGAGUAGCGAAUAACCACGCUCUGUAAAAAGACAUAGCAUGUGUUGGAGCCCGCCUCGCGUGCAGAGAGCAAAGCCCCCUAUUCUGGCGAGUUUUUUUCCAGUAGGUAUUUGUCAGGGCAAACUUAUUCACUACAACAUAUUAAGCAGGAGAGAUUAAUUGUGAGAGCCGGUUUACUGAAAGAAAGCUUGUCUGCGCCAGGAAAAUUUGUUGAAAUGAAAGUUUAGACAUUAAACUCUGAUAAAUUUUGCCCAAGACACUGAAGUGUUUGUUUGAUUAGUCUCUUAAUUGAAAAAAAUUGCCUAUAGACCAUAACAUUGAAAGGGAAAACUAACCACGAGAUACUUGCUGAAGCAAAGACUGCCUAAUGCCAUGUUUUCUUAUCGUUCGGCAUGGCUGCACUGCAUUAUCAAGUGCUCAAUUGAUGAAACAAAAGCCGGUAUCUUUGUUUACUCGUAGUGUGCUUGUUUCUUGAUCCUGAAAAAAAUUUUGAAACUCAUAAAGUUACAGAUUUCUUGUCUUUGAUUUUUACAUUCAGCGUAUUUUUGGGACAGCUGAGAUGCGGUUCCGUUCUUUCAUUUGGUGGCCUUAGAUUGCGUUUACCGCAAUUAGGACUUCAUUAUGAUAAGCCUAUUGCUUGUAGAAUCAAUAUUCCGAAACGGGAUAUAGACAUUGCAUGCAAGAGAUGGGGAUAAGUUAUCUGUGUUUGGAUUGCUGUUAACACAGCAGAAGAAAUGUGAAGAAGAAUAGUGAAAAUUAAUUGACCUUGCGACCGUUAAGUCUCAUGUGAUGAACAUGUGCAGGAACAAGUUCUCAACAUACGUAAAACAAAGCUAUUAAAACCUUGUCUUGGUUUAAAACAAAGGAUUGACCGGACAUAGUCAUGUCCUUUGAUUUUUCGAGAGGCAUUUGCUUCAUUCACGGCUUCACAUAAACAGUUUGAAUUAAAUACUAGUUAGUUAAAUGUAUUCUUCUUUCGAGAGGUUUCACAAGACGACCCAAAAACCCAACCGUAACGGCAAGAUAACAACCAACUGCUGCGAAGACAACAAUAACUACAUGCACAGACUCACAAAAGGCCUAUUCAAUCUUUCUACAACAAAUAAGUCCACUAGGGUCUCAAAAGAAUUCCAUAGAGACAUAGCUAUUGGAAUUCGGCUCAAUAAAGCUCUCUGCAAUAAAGGACAGAACGGUCUUGCAAUUAACUGCGUGAAGUUCUAAACAUUUUGUGCGUCCCUCCUAGGCUCAUUAGUUCUUGACGCCCAUGCAAGAAGCUGAGAUCGCAUCUGCUAUUCGCUUAGUUCACAGCCCAAGUACUCAAGAUUUCAGUGAAAAUGAAGCACCUCGUCGAAAGCUUUCGCGAGUCCUUGUAAGUCCUGGUGAGUACUGAAAACAGUUUUCAGUUCGAGAAAAAACAGUAGAGAUUCUAACCUUUUCGAAGUCCAUCGCUUUCCAUGGCCACCAUGGAUCGAAAUCGGUUUGAUACUAUUUAAGGUUGCAUGCUUCUAAUCAAAACACUACAUCAUAGUGUAAUCUAAAAUCUGCAGUUGAAAAGAGUUUAGAGCCGGCUUAAGAGCUUAAGCGUUAGCUGUUGUCAAUGCAACAGUUUUCGAUGUCGCGUUCCAGCGUGAGUCAGAGCGCCUUAAAUUUCUCAUUACAAAUUGCCAAAUGCCUAUUUGGUCUGGGACAAAUAUUACACCUUGACAUUCAGAUCGUUACCUACCGCCGAGAAACUAGUGAUGUUAAUUGGAAUCUGUUGUCGGGCGUAACCCUCUCGCGGAUGAGGGGUCAUUCGUAUAAGAUUAUCUAGUCUCCUGCUCCACUGCAAAGAUCUUGUGAACGAAAAAGAAAAGGGAAAUAUUUUUAAUAGAAAACUUUUGUCGUGAAAGUGCGCGAUCAUGAUUAAAUGCGUAAAUUCUAGAGCCUUUUGCAGUGCUAACUGUAUAAUUUGCUUCCAAUUGAGAAAAAAAAGCGGCCCUGAUGGGUGGAAUACCUCGCUGACCUACUGAUUUCGUAAAGAAACGGAUAAAAAGGCUAAGAAAUUACACUGGAAAACUUGCAUGGGAUAAAUUUUGUGCGUAAGCAGACUCAAGCAAGAUAUAACUAUCGCAGCCUUUAGCUUUUCAACUGAUGUCAAUCUUGUUUCAAAGAAGCAAACAAACUACACUGAACAACAAAUAAUUUGCUGAUGGCUUUCAAUAUACAAGCUAAAAUACCAGACAAGGGUCGGUUGUCUAUUUCAGCCUGCAGAUAUUUCGUCAAAAUAACACGACACUUUCUUCUUACGAUGCAUGGAAAAAUAGCACGUGAUUGAUUGGAUUAGAAGGCUUAAUCCCUUAAUUUCAAACGAUUUUAAUGACCAGUGUUUAGUUUUUCAAAUCGUGUUUUCAAAGGAGUGAUAGAUAAUCCUUUUACUCUCAGACAGAAACGCUGAAAAUUAUUUCUUUUGACAAUAUCAUGUAAAAGCUUUUCAAGCAUAAAAGUCACUGGAAGAAAUGAAAAUAUUUGCGAGGGGAUAUAAAUUUCGAUUUGACAACAAGUUAUUUCGUUUCUUUUUUCAGUCUUUUAUGACAACGUUUAUCUCUAUGGAAUGUUUUUAAAGUACAUAAAACUCCAACAACUUUUGAAAACUGUUCGCAAAAUGUUUUGACUACGUUUAGUCGUUACUUCACGUCAUUAUCAAGUCAAAAGUGAAAAACUGAUUAAAAAUGAAAUUAAAAAAGUGAAUAAAACAAUUAGGGAAAAAGUGUUUUAUUCCCGUGGGUACAAUACCCAAAGGUCAAAUAACGACUAAGUGUCAUGUAAAUAGUUUGGCGCGAAUCCAGUCAGUCUGGGUGUUUAACGAAGGCUUGAUAUCCCAAAUAAAAAGCUUUCCGAAGAUCAUACAGUCAAGACAGUCAAGCUUGCAUUUAAACUUAUCCCUCAGCGUGGCUGAUAAAUUCAGCCUUAGGUAAUUUACUUUCGCCAGAUUUGAACGCCACUGCCGAAUUUAGAAAGACAAUGAACCUAAUGCGCUGUAAUGUUUAUCCUGUAGGUAAUCUAGGGGUGUCAAUGACUCAAGGAGCCUCGGCAAGUCGCCAAUUGAUAAAUGACGCAUGUAUUUUUCCUUAUUCCAAGGGCUGAAGCAAAGAAUUAAGUCUGAGGCAGUUAUCUAAAGGGCCUUGGACACUAUAGUUAGAAAAAAGAAAAAAAAAGAGAAAACGAAUUAGGCAUUCCACGGUCAGAUAGCCUCUAGCCUUACAAGACGACCAAGACUUCGGAAAUUAUUGGUCUCAAACGAACAAAACUGCUUGAUUGUUUCACCAAAUCGUUUGUCUUUUUGAGGCAUUGAAAGCUUUUACUGCUGAAUCUGCAAUUUUUCCAAGAAUAUUUGGAUAAGAACCCCCUAAUCGCACUCCCCUCUCCCCUCUCUUCAGGGUGCUGGACGAUUUAUAGCUUGGAAUCUAGCUACACAAAGUCAUUCGUUCGCAUUAGUGUUUCUAUAUCAUCACAUUCGGCGGCCUUUCUGAGUGAUUCGCUGUGUUACACGACGCGGGCUAUCUUGACAUGUUUCCGACUUUGUCUACGGAUUUAAAAGAGUUGAUGAAACCAUUAACUGAAGUCAAUAAGUAAUUCAAAACCGUAUCGAAACAUGUUAACGGGGUUUGCGAAAUGCAAUGUCAAUUCAAGAUAAGAUUUGUGUGCAAUCGAUUUUUGAUAUCUGCUAGUUAGAUUUCCGGUGUUUUCUGUUUAGAUUGAGGCAGUCGCCGACAACGUUUACUUUAUUUUUCCGACUGCAAGGAAUUUUGUUUUCGAAACAUGUUUGCAAUAAUUAAAAUUUUUCAAUCAAUGCAACAGUUACUACCCAAAAGUCAUUGCAUUUAAAGACAAGUUGAAGUUUUAUGUCUCAACUCUGCACGUACUGUCAUAGAGCAAGUGGGGCGUGAAAAGAAACAUCAGUGACAUCUAGUUGAAAUGUUCUGUUGGUCUGUAUGAAUUCAAGCGAUAACCCGAGAAGCGUCAAACGCCAGUUCCUUCUUAUUUGUUGGUAUGCAGUGUUACUUGAACCAAGGUUGGUAGAUUUGAGAAUUUUCAUGAGCCCUCAGUGACUGUCUGCCGGUAGCUGUUUGUUUUGUGGACUUUAUCCUGGAGCCUAACAUCAGAGUAUAAAUUACUAGUGUGAAGCUAUUUAAUCAUUACUAGUGAGAUCGGGCCGGAGAAAGCUUCGGCUUUGAAGAUAUUCUCAUAGAUCACACUUCGCUGUAGUCCUAAACAGAUCAUGCAGGCAAAUGCCCACCCACUAUGUGCAAAGCGGAUUGGAAAGUAGACAUUCUGGGUGACGUUUUCUGAAACAUGUUUCUGUCAAGGACUGUUCUAUUAGUUUGCCCUCUGAACUAAUUGCCAUAUUUCAGAAGUGAUCAACCUAAAUAAGUCGCAUCUUCUCAACAUCUCGAGUCUAAGGUAGGAUUUUUCCACCACACGGUACAAAGCAUAUUUUCAUUCUGCAUCGGACACCGGUUGAAGACUGAUCUGUAUCCUGUAAGUAAAUCUUUUCAAUUGGAGAGAUAAUUGAAAUUGGCUGAUUAUAGAAAAACUCGUAAACAACACUUCACUUCAUAAACAAAUACAAGCGAGCGAACUUCUUCAUUGUAUGAUCGUUUUAAUCUUUUUUGUAAUAAUAAAAGCGAAAAAUAAAUAACUUUCACAGUUCAAGAAUUCAGUGAUUGAUGGCCUGACAUUAUGUUUUUAACAGUAACAAAACUGUCAGACACGAAAAGUGUCCAUUCAUUUGGUUUAAGCCUUUAUUUUUAUAUCGAACGAAAUGAAAAUGUCUCUCGGUCCCACAGUUCUUUCUUCUCAGACCGUGUUCAAAAAAUAAUUCUCUGAAAAGGUAACAAUCAGGAACACCUAUUUAGAAUUUAUCAAGCUGCGAAUGUACGUGAGCAGUGAGCCGUAACACUCAAAGUGUCGUAGGUUAUAAUCUUUUGUGUUUUAUGCGAUCGAAAAUUCUAGAAGGAAUUUGCAGCGAUGCGCAUCGUGCUCUAGGUUUGAUAUUGAUAAAGAAGGCAUUCAUCACAUGAAAUCUAAUCGGAUAGUCGAGCGACUGAAGUCGAUAAAUAAAAAAUAACUCUUUCCAGUUUAGUGUUAAAUCGCAAUGAAUGUAUGUUAUGUCUUCGCAGAAUCGAACAGAAAAUGUUUUUUGUUAAAACCGAGAAGUACUUAGAGCUAGUAGGAGGUCUUAAAAGCAUUUGCUUACUGAGCAAUUGGACAUGCAAGUAAGGUACUUGCAGCACAACAUGCUUACUGUACAGCGAGCAGGCUAGAAAGAAUCACAUUUGCCGUUUUCCAAUUAAAUUUCGUUUUCAAAAGAGUGGUACGCUUAUAUGGACUUCGAUGUCGUUCAGUUGAGGAACGAUUCCGUGAACGCGAGUUUUUUAUUUCUUGUUUCAUAUAAAACUCAAUCAAUAUCUUACGGCCUUCAGGGAGCGGCUAAAAAUUUUCUAUAAAUUGUUUUGUGUUUUGGAGAUGCAUGCACAACUUCUUUGAUUUUGUGGAACGUACGAAUCAAUUUGUUGCUUAUGAGCAGUUUUGGUCACCGCGAACUGAUUAUCGUUUUAAUAGGAAAAAUAAACACAUAUCAGUAGCAUAAAGUUAUAGGGUAAUUAACUUUUAGUUUUUUAUGGUAUUUCAUCGUUUUAAGAUCAGUAGAAAUAACCCUUAUACUGCAAAUAAUGCGAGAAAAAAAUGUAUAACUGUGUUCCAAGAUUUCUUUAGUAUUCCUCCUUAGCACAAAGAAAAACGAAUUUAAUCCUUUAAAUUUGGAAAGUUAAUUGUCAUUCGAUGACGCGUACGUGAGCAAUCAAUGAAUUAAUUAAUUCGUGAUCGCUGAAACAAGAGUAUUUUUCGAUAAUGUCUUUGUUGUUCCAAAGUUCUUAUCACUUGUGAAUUCAUGAAAAUAAUGUCGAGAUAUGUUGUUUUCUUGGUCUUAGGACGGAAGAGUCUGCAAGGACAACAAUAAUCGAUUUUAAGGCCAAUUAGUCCAGGAAUCCAAACUUAACCAUGGUUAAUCAAACCAUGCACAAAACAAAUUGGAUUGACGUUUUUGAAAAGAUAAUUAAAAUUUCAGCAUCAACUCUCACUUCGAGAGCCUGCGAACAGAAAGAUUAUCCAGCCGAUUUCCUUUGUCAACCCGAAUACAAAAUAAUGCUACAAAGAACGUGGUCGCAUAUCGACCUCUGUUUCCAAAAUAUCUCUACUAGCGCUAAAAGAAACGAUUGACGCUCCAGAACACACAAUUUAAAAGAGAGCAUUCGUUUCCGCUGAAAAUAGGAGAGCAUUCCUUUCCACUGUUAAAUGACCUUACGUGUCUCGAAUCUUUCGUAACCAUCAGAUUGAUGUCAAAAUCUGAAAGUAAUGAAGAGGAGUUAAGAAUUUUAAUACCCGAUGGCAAAGCAAGAGGUGACUUAGUUGGCCAGUGGGAAAAAGCCGAACUUUCGUGAAUCAAAUAAAAGCAGUAUUCUUCUUAAAUCGUCUAGCCAAUAAUUUAACUUUCUUGAAUGGCUGGCUUUGUUUUCGUUAUUUAUUCCAAAUGCAUUUAAUUGACUGGCCUUUUAUGACAAGUGGCCUGGCCUUCGAGCCGGAAUCUAUAUCCGCUUGUAAAUAAGUACCCAACUGUCACUUAAAGAAAUGGACAGCACACUAAGCCAGUAAAAUUAUCAGAUUCUGAGUUAAUAUUUAAACUGUGCUGUUUGUGUCAACUUGGCUGAAUCGGUGCAUGUUAUCGGAAUGAUAACAAAUUCCUUCUGAUUAACGCAUGAGUGCUUGAUUCUUGAUCAGUGCAUGCGGCGGUGAGUAAUAUGUAUCGUCUGUGGUUGAAUAGUGGAUUUUCUGUGCACGCCGAUAGACAGUAAUGCACAAUGCCAAUAUCCAACUAGGUAUGGGCGUCUAGUGGUAAAUAUAUACCCAAGAAACCUGUUGCUUUACAUUGAGGAACGGUGUUGGCUAUUCAUGUUCAUGGCGUACGAUUUAUUUUGUUUACAGGAGAAAUGGGAGCAAGCUUGAGUACACAUGGAGCAAUCACGUUACGAUUAAAGAAGAGAGACAUAACAACUCAAGCUGCCCCUGGAAAAGGCUCUGAAAUCAGCGAUGAAGAAGUCUCUGGGGAGGGUAGCGGAGUUAAAAAUUCUUCUGGCCAUGGAAAACAUGACUCGCCGUCCAAACAUCGUCGAAUCGUGCUGAACGUGUCAGGAUUCCGAUACAUGACUUACGCCAAAACAUUGGAAAGGUUUCCUACCACCCUUCUGGGAAAUAUAGAGAAAAGGAAACAAUAUUACGACGAAGAACGCGAUGAAUACUUCUUUGAUCGGAACAUUCAAGUGUUCGAAUUAAUUUUGUAUUUCUAUCAGUCUAAUGGCCGAUUGGUCUGCCCUCCAGAGUUGGCUCCGGAGAUUUUAUUGGAAGAGGUAGAGUUUUUCGAACUUGGAGAGCAAGCUGUUAAUGCGGUUAAGGAUAUUCUGAACGAAGAUGAACCACCAGAGAAAGCAAUAAUAAUGCCAGAGAACAGAGCGCAAAAGACAAUAUGGCGACUGUUCGAGUAUCCCGAUUCCAGCAAAGCGGCUCGUGUGUUAGCGCUGUUGUCUGUUUCAGUAAUCGUGGCAUCGAUAGUGGUAUUGUGUAUAGAAACACUUCCCGAGUUCAUCGUUCUGUCAACUGAAGGGGUUGACGCAAAUGAUACGGCAAAGUUACAAGAAAUUAGGGAACACAACAAGUUGGCGACAUCGGUAAAGAACGUGUUUGGGCAGCUUGAAAUUGCAUUCAUUAGCUGGUUUACAUUUGAGUAUUUAGUACGAUUAAUGGCUAGUCCACAGAAAUGGAUGUUCGUACGUUCCUUUCUAAAUGUGAUCGAUUUACUCGCUAUACUGCCGUUUUACGUGGAACUGGGACUUAAAAACAGCAGCGAGCAGACAUUUUCACUCGCCUUUCUCCGAAUUUUAAGACUUGUUCGAGUGUUCCGUAUAUUUAAGCUUUCGCGUCAUUCUAGCGGACUCCAAAUUCUCGGACUAACGUUGCGGAAGAGUCUGCGAGAGCUUGGACUCCUGAUAUUUUUCUUAGUAAUCGGUGUCGUAAUAUUCUCAAGUAUGAUUUACUAUGCAGAGAGUGGUGAUGAAGAAACAUUCUUCCGAAGUAUCCCGGAUGCCUUCUGGUGGGCUCUUGUUACCAUGACAACUGUAGGUUAUGGAGAUAUGUAUCCUAAGUCAGUGUGGGGAAAGCUUGUUGGAUCUGGUUGUGCACUCUGCGGUGUGCUUGCGAUUGCUCUACCUGUGCCAGUAAUUGUCUCGAAUUUCGACGCCAUUUAUAAAAAGUACCGCAAUCGGAAGUUGAAGCAGCAAGGUUUGCAAGAUGCAGACGACGACAGCAAAUCCAGAAAAUUGAGUGUAAUGUUCGGUUCUCGGAAAACGUCGGAAGCUGUCAUGAACAACUCGGAUAUUCGAGACUCGCGUGGAAUCGAGCUCCAGACUCUAAACGAGAUCGACUAUUUGGAAAACGAAAUGAAUGAUGACAAACGGAACGGAAAUGUCGUGCAGCGAGAAGAAGAAAAAGGGGAAGGCUCAGAACAUUCUUGGCAGCCAGGCUUGACAAAUGGAAAGAAGAAAAAAUCUCACGAUAAAGACCUUGAUCGAGAUCCCGAAAACCCCUCGGAGUUUCUUUCACUGCUCGAAGAGGAAGAAUCGUCGUUCUCAAAGCUUGAUCAGACCAAUGUUUGA